AUGACAUAUGUCCCCUACAAAUCCGAUCCAAUGAUGGGAUGUCAUGUAAAUAUGGAACGAGAAACAUUUCUGGAGAGGUUCCGAUGUGCGGUCAUAGCACCUAUUCAAAUGAAUUAUGUCCUCUCACCUCACACAAAAAGGUUAAAUGAAUUAAGAAAAAGUAUAGACAUUUCAAAUUCCAAAUCUUUUGAAAAAUUACAAAAUUCUUUAUUUCUUGCUGAUACAUUUUUUGGUUUCGAGACUCCGCAUCAAACUCCACCACUUUACCAGGAAAUUGGACCAAUCAUGUCGGAUAAUUAUCCACCUUUAACACAGAACCUUUAUAAUUUCAUUGCUUUACACAGGAGAAUAAUAUAUGUCAAUUUUGGCACUCAAAUCUGCACGACAUACAAGACCAAUGUAAUCCUCCUUCAAGCGAUUAUCGAAGCGAUAAACAAUAAUAUAACAGAUGGAAUAAUUUGGACACUUGAAAAAUCAUCGUCAAAAGUGUUAUUCCCAUCUACAAUAACAUUGUCAGAUAACAAAACUAUUAUAAAUACUUCAAGUCAUCCGAGCAUUCACAUCAUAGAAUAUUCCCCACAAUUUGCAAUAUUAAAUCAUACAAAUGUUAAAAUACAUUUAACACAUGGGGGAAUAGGAAGCAUUUAUGAAUCGUUGUAUACGGGAACACCAAUGUUAUUAUUACCUAUCGCGUUUGAUCAAUUAGGAAAUUCCGAAAAAUUAUUAGAAAAUGGUGUUGGAUUAUUACUUUCAAAAGGUUCACUUGAUGUUCAAGAUAUUAUAAAAAAGAUUAAAACGUUACAAAAAGACGAAGACAUACUCGUGAAUGUAGAAAGGAUGAAAAAUCUGGUCAUCAUGAAUAGCAAAAGAAAAUUUAGGGCAGCAGAUUUGAUUGAAUUUGUUUUAUUUUCAAAUCAUUUAAAUUCAAUGAUAGAACUUCAGGAAAAUAGUUUUAAAGAUGAUUUAAAAGUAUGGAGGAUUACACCAGAAACGAGAUUAGGAUUUAAAUAUUUGGACGUUUACGUUUCUCUUUUGGUGGGAUGUUUAAUGUUUAUUGUGAUAAUAAUUUGGUUAAUUUGUGAGGCUUGUAAAUCAAUAUUUGGAAAUUUAAUCUCGGUUGUUACGGGUCAUAAAAUGACUUUUACUUAA